AUGGCGCUGAGCAAAACUCAGUUAACUCUGUUGUUGUUACUGCGAAGUCGAAGACGAAGACGUGAAAAAUACCUAAAACGGUUUUGGGUGAGACCAAUCUUCCAAAAGAGAACACAAUUGAGUGAAUUUUUUACCCUGGUUAAGGAAUUACGAGAAGAAGAUCACGAAGGCUACUUCAAUUAUUUUAGGAUGUUACCAGACCAAUUUGAUUAUUUACACAGUUUGGUGAAGCCACUAAUUCAAAAAUCCAGCAAAAACCGUGAUAGCAUUGGCGCAGAUGAAAGGUUAGCAUUGACCCUUCGUUAUUUGGCGUCAGGAGAUUCUCCCAGGAGUCUCUCAUUCAGCUACAGAGUAAGUCUAACCAGUGUGCAUAGGAUUAUUUCAGAGACAUGCAUGGCCAUUUGGAUGGUUCUGCAAAUGAAGUAUGUUAAAGCACCCAGUUCACCGAACGACUGGAUUAGGAUAGCAGAUGAGUUUGAGAGGUUGUGGAACUUUCCCAAUUGUUGUGGUGCGAUCGAUGGUAAACACAUCAGAAUACAAGCACCCCCAGGUUCAGGAAGCUUGUACUUCAAUUAUAAAAAGUGGCAUAGUAUUGUUCUCCUUGCUGUUGUUAGUGCAGACUACUGUUUCACUUUGGUGGACAUUGGCGACAAUGGACGUCACAGUGAUGGAGGCAUAUUUCAAAGUUCUGAAAUCGGAGUUGGAAUGGUAACAAAUUUACUUGGUUUUCCUGAGGCCCGGCCCCUAACUGGCACAUCAACUGUCACCCCUUUUUUAAUUGUUGGUGAUGAAGCAUUUCCUUUGAUGAAGAAUAUGAUGCGUCCGUAUCCGGGAAAAUUCUUACCAGAAAACCAACAAAUUUUUAAUUAUCGCUUGUCAAGAGCACGGAGAGUAGUGGAAAAUGCUUUUGGGAUAGCAGCCUCAAGAUUUAGAAUAUUGAGGAGGGAAAUUAUUGCCAAACCAGCUAAGGUGGAAAAGAUUGUAAUGGCUGUUGUUGCUCUGCAUAAUUUUUUAAUUAUGUCAGAAAAGCAGUAUCCAGUAGGUGGCAGAUUAUACAUACCACUGGGUUAUGUGGACAGCGAGGACAGAAAUGGUCAUAUGGUACCAGGUUCAUGGAGAGAAUCAGAUGAAGAUAACAAUGGUUUGAGUUCAAUUGGCAGACAGGGUUCAAAUUUUUAUGGGAAAGAUGCCUCCUCCGUACGAAAUGAUUUAACUCAAUACUUCAUGACAUCUGAAGGAAGUGUGUCAUGGCAGAUAAAUCAUGUGACCAGCACAGGAGACAAAUAAAUGUUUCAAAGAUUUCAAUUUUCUGCAACCCCCCCCCUCAAAAUUUUCUGCACCACCCCAGAGCAAAAUAUGAAAAUAUGUCCAUGAGCAACACUACAUUUUAAAACAAACACACAAAUUUAAUAAAUAUAAAGCAUAGCUUUUUAGACAAAAAAAUUAAAACCAAGUGAACAUGUAUGUAACCUAAUAUCAAGCUGGCAUAACAGAAUAAAGUUUGGUAGAAAGAGUUCUUAGAACAAUUAACAUGUUCAAUGUCAGUAUUAACAAAUUAUUAACUUAUAUAACAGUAUAAAUGUCAUAAAAUCUGAAGACUGGCCAAUUUUUUAGCCUUGUUGCAAAUUUAAAUUAAUCUCAGAUUCUACUUCAAAUAGUGCUUGAGAUAUUUUUAUUUUUGCCAUUGAUUUAUGGUGGGGAUCAAACUUACUUAAUGUUGCUGCAAUAUAAUUGGCAUAUGCAACAUUUUCAUCAUCAA